CUAGAGUCCAGUGGCAAUGUGCUUUACACCACUGCAUCUGACGCUUUGCAUUGCACAUGGUGAUGUAAGGCUUGGAUACAGCUGCUUGGCCAUGGAAACCCAUUCCAUGAAGCUCUCUAUGCACUGUUGUGCUAAUCUGAAGGCCACACGAAGUUUGGAGAUCUUUAGCUAUUGGCUCUGCAGACAGUUAGCGACCUCUGCACACUGUGCGCUUCAGCAUGCGCUGACCCCACUCUGUCAUUUUACAAGGCCUACCACUUCAUGGCUUUGUUGCUGUUAUUCCCAGUUGCUUCCACUUUGUUAUAAUACCACUAACAGUUGACUGUGGAAUAUUUAGUAGCAAGGAAAUUUCACGGAUGGACCUAUUACACAGGUGGCAACCUAUCAUGGUACCAUGCCUGAAUUCACUGAGCUCCUGAGAGCAACCCAUUCUUUCACAAAUUACAUGCCUGGUGCUUAAUUUUAUACACCUGUGCCCAUGGAGGUGAUUGGAAUACCUAAUCCCAAUGAUUUGAAGGGGUGUUCCAAUACUUUUGGCAAUAAAGUGUA